AUGACAUCGAACAUUGCCAAAUUGAUGAAUGCAUCGCUAAAGGCAGCCAAGGAAUUGCUGAUAGCAACACUCUUAGAGUAUGUCAGGCGUUUAGUGCAAGAGUGGACUUAUAAGAAUAGGAUUCUUGCACUAUCAACGGGAACAAAAUUGACAACUAGAGCAAAAAAUGACCUAAGGGAAAAUUAUGCAACAUCUAUGAAAAUGAAGGUUAUACCAUCAAUAACAUUCAUAUACAGUGUUGAAGAUGGUCGUGACACUAUGACAAUGAAGCUAAAAGAGAAGGAUUUCAUUUGUGGAAGAAUUAAAAAAAACGUUCAUGAGGCGACUGUUUAUCCCAUGCCUAGUAAAAGUGAUUGGGAUGAUCCUAUUGAAGUUGAAAGUAUUGAAGUUCUACCUCUUAUCGGGAAGAUAUCAGUGGGGCGGCCAAAGAAACGAAGAAUAAAAGCAUCUUGGGAGGGAAAGGAAAAAAAUAAAUGCAUCCGAUGUGGACAGAGGGGACACAACAAGAAGACUUGUCGGGCAUACCGAAGUAGGAAUAUAACUGUUAGAAAUCAUUCUUACAUUUUUUUAGUUUACAGGUGGUCAUUACUUGGUUUAUCCUUAGUUGCAUUUUCAUGA